UGAAGUUGGUGAACACUGAACUGUGAAGUUUGUUUUGUAGCUAGCGUCAAGUCGCGAGUAGCGUUACUAUCUGUGUAAAUUAAUUAUUAAUUUCGGUCAUUGUGAAUUAAUAAAUUUACUAAAUUGGUAAUAAAAAAACUGUGUUCCGAUUUUAUAUACAUGAGUGCGGUGUAAUUUGUAUGUUGUGUCUGUAAAAGAAGUGUGCUACUUUUUGUGAAUGUUAUUUGUUGACCUACAAGUUCUGUUGGAUUCCUAUGCGACUAGUGAAUCACUGUGGAUCUUAAAAACAUACAACUGAUUGAUUAUUUCCGGAAGGAUAUCGAAACGCUACAACGGUGAAACGUAAACAUCAAACAAUAGCAAUGGCGGUUAGCAACGCGUGACACCAUGAGUGCCAUGAGGAAGUUGGUCCUACUUGCGCUGGUCGUGGCGUGCGACGCGCUUCUGGAAGGACCGAACGUGUGCACGAGGCAGGAGGCAUACACAACAACGAUCCGAGUAUCAGAACAGCAGCCGUACCAAGUGAAGGAGUACGCGUGGUGUCUCAGUGUACCACCUCGAUGCAGCAAGUACAAAGUCAAAUUCCGGCAAGUGUACAAGACACAGACCCUGGUGAAGCAGCGGCCGGUGGAGGAGUGUUGUAAGGGCUACGCGCCGGACGCGCGCGGGGAGCAGUGCGUGCCGGUGUGCACGGAGCCGUGCGUGCGCGGCAAGUGCGUCGCGCCGGACACGUGCGCGUGCGAGCACGGGUACGGGGGACCCGCGUGUGAUAUCUCGUGUCCCGCGGGCAAAUGGGGCAGGAACUGUCACAACGAAUGCCGCUGUAUGAACGGGGGUACUUGCGAGCCGCUGACCGGUGAAUGUGCGUGCGCAGCCGGUUGGAGGGGGGACGCGUGUGAGCGGCCGUGUGAAAAGGGGACGUUUGGGGACGCGUGCCGGCAACAGUGUCAGUGUGUGAACGGGACGUGUGACGCGGCGAGCGGACGGUGUGACUGUCAGCCGGGGUUCACGGGCGCGUUAUGCGACGAGCAAUGUCCAAAAGAUCAGCCCUGUCCCGAAAGGUGUAAAUGCCAAAACAACGGAGUGUGUAACUUUGUUACGGGCGAGUGUGAAUGUACACCCGGUUGGACUGGCGAAGUGUGUGCUAACACUUGUCCGUCCGGUGUCUGGGGACAAAACUGUGCACGUACCUGCGAGUGCGCGAACGGUGCGAGCUGCCACCACGUGACGGGACACUGUCAGUGUGAAGCGGGCUUUACUGGGGAUAAGUGCCUAGACAUCUGCCCGCCCGGUACCUAUGGCCCGGACUGCGCGGGCAAGUGCACGUGCCAGCACGGCGGUGCGUGCGAGCCGCGCGACGGCGCCUGCGCGUGCCGGCCCGGCUGGGCGGGGCCCACGUGCGAGCGGCGGGCUUGUCCUGAUGGGCUGUGGGGGCCACGGUGUGACAAGGAGUGCGAUUGUAACCCGCAUACUACGGAGUUAUGCGACCCGUGGACGGGCGCGUGCGUGUGCGCGGCGGGGUGGGCGGGCGAGGCGUGCGACCGCCAGUGCCCGCUGCUCACGUACGGCAAGGGCUGCCGCGGCGUGUGCCGCUGCGAGAACAGCGCGCACUGCUCGCCCGUUAACGGUUCAUGUCUGUGCGCGCCGGGCUACCGCGGCGUGCACUGCGCGGAGGCGUGCCCGCAGCCGCUGUACGGCGACAACUGCGCGGACGCAUGCGACUGCCGCAACAACGCCACGUGCUCGCACGAGACCGGCGAGUGCAGGUGUCCGCCCGGUUAUGACGGAUUGAAAUGUGAUCGUCCUUGCGAUGGGAAGACGUACGGACUGGGAUGUCGGCAACCUUGCGACUGUGAAAAUGAUGCACCAUGUAAUCCUGUUAACGGCGAGUGUGUGUGCGGGCCGGGCUACACGGGCCCGCGCUGUGCAUCCCGCUGCCCGGCCGGCACGUACGGCGCGAACUGCUCGCUCGCGUGCUCGUGUUCCGUACGUGCGCUCGGCUGCCACCACGUCACCGGCCGCUGCUUGUGCGACACCAGCUGGCGGGGUGUGCGCUGCGAGACCCAAUGCCCUCCUGGUCUAUACGGCGAGGGCUGCGGCUCGUCAUGCGUGUGCGCAAACAACUCGUCCUGCGAGGCUUCUAGUGGGAAAUGCGUGUGCGCAGCCGGUUGGAGGGGGGAUGCUUGUGAUGAGCCCUGCCCACCCGGGUGGUACGGGGUGGGGUGUGCGCAGGAGUGUCCCACGCAACUUAAUGGCAACACAACGUGCGACCCCGUAACGGGCAAGUCCGUGUGCCCCAGCGGGUACACGGGCGUGGGAUGCGAGUACCCGUGCCCGCUCGGCACGUUCGGGCCCGACUGCGGGGGGCGCUGCGACUGCCGUAAUGGCGCCGAUUGUCACCACGUCACCGGCGAGUGCCAAUGCCUGCCGGGCUGGCAGGGCCCGCGCUGCGCGGCGGCGUGCGGCGCGGGGCAGUGGGGCGCGGGCUGCUCGCAGCCGUGCCGCUGCGCGAGGGGGGCUGCGUGCCGCCCCAACGACGGGUACUGCCGGUGCCCGCCGGGGUUCACCGGCACUUAUUGUACGCAGUUCUGCCCCGAGGGCUACUUCGGCGACCACUGCAUGGAGGCGUGCAACUGCUCGAGCAGCGGGCACUGGACGUGCGACCCGGUGCGCGGCUGCGUGUGCGCGCGCGGCUACAUCGGCGACGCCUGCCAGCUGCACGCCAGCGACGCCAUCACCGUCGCGCACACCGAAGGCACGAACCGGGGAGCCAUAGCAGCCAUGGUGGUGGUAUCGGCAGCAUGCGCAUGCGUCGCCGCGUUGGUACUACUGCACUACCGCAAACGUGUGCGCUUGCUCAAGAGAGAGAUAGCACAUGUUCACUAUUCCGCAGACCCGGCUGCACAACCUGACCAGCAACACUUCGACAACCCAGUGUAUUCGUUCCAGAGCUCGAACCGAAGUGACGACUCCACAACGUUACUAAAUAACGCGCCACAGAUUAUAAAUAACUUGGCCACGCCCAAAUUGUCGAAUACAGCUAUGGAAAAGUUACGGAUGACAGCUACAAGCUCUAACGGAUCCUACGACCCGAUGUGUCUCAAGAACAAAGACGCAGACGCGACAAACCCCAAUUUGUACCAUUGCAUCGAUGACGACAACAAGUUGGACCAUGUUUACGACGAAAUUAAACAUAAGGAAGGAUAUGAAAUGGAGUACGACCACUUAAACUACACACCGCCAGCGAACACGUGGAAGGCGCACUACCAGCGAAUGAACGACACGCUCCCAUCCAUACACAACAUACAUACAUCCACACAUACAGACACACCAAGCACAUCCACCAUACAGUCCCCGCCCAUACCGCCGCUGCCCAAGGUGCACAUAACUCCCAUACCGCGAGAUGAUGUACCGGUACCGCCGCAGAGAGAGUGUAGUGGUGAUGAUGAUGAUACCACUAGCUAGGUGAUGAAAAUUGUGUAGCGUAUAGUAAACUCAUGAAAAGUGUA